CCUGCUGCGCACACACGCACAGCAAAAGUGAAGUGAAGAUGCUUCUUCCCUUUCGAUCAGCAGUCCAGCCCGUAAGCCAUUCACUUCUUCUUUUUCUCCUACCAGAGCGCCAAACUGCCCUCUUCCCUGGUAUACAGGAGGAACUUGCCGCUCCGGGGCUUGUCCAGGUCGGAGGAGGCAAGAGAAGGCACCGGAGAUCCGGAGCGCCGUUACCACGAUAGCGUAUCCGUGGAGAGCUACGGGUCGGUAUGGGUGCGCUGACAAAGGGACGUUACCUCUCCAUGAUGGGCCUCCUGCUCCUUGUUUAUUGCACAGUAUCCGUGAUCUCCAAAGGUGCCACAGGGGAUGCUCAGCCUGACACCGUGCCCUCAGUGCAGGGCACCCUGCCGCACUUCAUCCAGGAGCCGGAGGACGCCUACAUCGUGAAGAGCAACCCCAUUAAGCUGCGCUGCCGAGCCGCGCCCGCCUUACAGAUCUUCUUCAAAUGCAACGGAGAAUGGGUGCACCAGAAUGAGCACUUUUCCCAGGAGUAUAAGGACCUCAACACUGGGCUGAGGGUACGUGAGGUGAUGAUCAACGUGUCCCGUCAGCAGGUGGAGGAUUUCCACGGCCCAGAGGACUACUGGUGUCUCUGUGUGGCCUGGAGCCACCUGGGCACUUCCAAGAGUCGCAAGGCUACUGUCCGCAUCGCCUACCUGAGGAAAAACUUUGAACAGGACCCCCAGGGGAAGGAGGUGCCAAUCAACGGCAUGAUCGUUCUGCACUGUCGCCCUCCAGAGGGAGUGCCUGUGGCGGAGGUGGAAUGGCUAAAAAAUGAAGAGCUGCUGAGUUCCCUGACUGAUGACAACAUCGACACCCGUGCAGACCACAACCUCAUCAUCAACGAGGCACGGCUAUCCGACUCGGGCAACUACACCUGCCUGGCCAGCAACAUUGUGGCAAAGAGACGCAGUGCCACAGCCACUGUGAUAGUCUUUGUGAACGGCGGCUGGUCCCUGUGGACGGAGUGGUCGGCCUGUAAUGUGCCAUGUGGGCGGGGUGUCCAGAAGCGAUCUCGAACCUGUACUAACCCGGCGCCUCUCAAUGGCGGGGCUUUCUGCGAGGGCAUGUCUGUACAGAAGAUCACCUGCAACGCACUCUGCCCAAUCGAUGGAGGCUGGGACGAGUGGAGCGAAUGGACCAUAUGCAGCAGUCAGUGCGAGAGGCAGCGGAGUAGGGAAUGCAACUCCCCAGCACCCAGACACCGAGGCAAGAUGUGCGAAGGGAACAGUGAGGCCACUGAGAACUGCACAGAUGGAUUGUGUACCCAGAAUCGAAAGCUGCUACAUGACGUUAAACCUCAAAGUAUGGACAGCUCCAAUGACGUAGCUCUGUACUCGGGCCUGGGAGCCGGGAUCAUCGCUGUGGCAAUCCUUGUAGUGGCCGUCAUGCUGUACAGGAAGAACCACAGUGAAUAUGGCGUGGACGUCAUCGACUCCUCUGCGCUCGCCGGGGGUUUCCAGUCGUUCAACUUCAAGACCACCAGACAAGGCAACCCGCUGCUUCUCAACUCCUCGAUGCAGCCCGACUUAACAGUGGGACGAACAUACAGCACUCCGCUCUGCUUCCAGGACAGCGCAGACAAAGAGCUCUUUGACCCCCUGCCAGACAUCAAGGUCAAAGUUCAGAGCUCCUUUAUGGUUUCACUAGGUGUGGCCGAACGGGCAGAGUUCCAUGCCAAAGCCCCGGCCGAGACCUUCCCGCGGGACCUGAGCCGGGACUACUGCAGUACCGCGGAUGGACGCAAGAAGGGACUGCUCACCCUCAACGGGCCCUUCAGCGCCUGCAAAGAGCAGCUGAAGACCACCGGCGUGUUCGGCUACCCCGGAGGGCGGCUGGUGGUGCCAAACACUGGGGUCAGCCUGCUGGUGCCUCAUGGAGCCGUGGCUGAAAAUAUGUCCUGGGAGAUGUACAUGGUGAUCAAUCAGGGAGAGUCAAGGGAAGUGAUGACGGUGGAGGAGGAGUCCACUUCCUGUUACUGCCUGAUGGACUCGACAAACUGCCACUUGCUGCUAGACCAGCCGGGCUCGUACGCCCUGGUGGGCGAGCCCCUGACGCAGGCUGCCGUCAAGAGGCUGAAGCUGGCUGUGUUUGGGAGCAUGGAGGCCGGCUCCGUGAGCUACAUCCUGCGGGUGUACUGUGUGGAUGACACGCCACACGCCUUUCAGGGAGUGGUGGCUGCAGAGAAGACCAGAGGGGGUCAGCUCCUCGAGGAGCCAAAGUUGUUGCCUUUCCGAGCGAACACCUUCAGCCUCCAGGUGUCCAUCCAGGAUGUUCCCCAGUUCCUGUGGAGCAUCAAACCCUUUACCACAUGUCAGGAGUUCUCCUUCCCCCAAGUGUGGUGCAGCAACCAGCAGCCCCUGCACUGUGCCUUCUCUCUGGAGAGAUACAGCCCUGCCACCGCCCAGCUCUCCUGCAAAAUCAGCGUGCGGCAGGUCAAAGGCCAUGAGCAGAUUCUGCAGGUCUACACGGCUGUGGCCGAGACUGAAAAGGAGUCAGUUCCAUUUUUUAUGCAGACAGACUGCACCAUCACGUCCCAGACGGGGCCCAAGGCCUUCAAAAUCCCCUUGUCCAUUCGCCAGAGGAUCUGUGCCACCUUCGACACUGCCAAUGCCAAGGGCAAGGACUGGCAACUCUUAGCCCAGAAACUCCACUUAGAUCGAAACCUGGGUUAUUUUGCAAAGCAGCGGAGCCCGUCGGCGGUCAUACUGAGCCUUUGGGAGGCUCGCCACCAGGACGGUGCUGACCUUGACUCUCUUGCCAGUGCCCUCGAGGAGAUUGGCAAGAUCCACUCCAAAAGCUCCCCCAAGGACCAGGAUGAGCCAGAGUCUGACUUCAAUCACAUACAAGCGGGCAGUCUGUGUGGAACAGGCAAACUAACAAAUCAGAAGACAGAGGACUCUGCUCCUGAAUAUACAGGCUGAGAGAAAAGAGACAGUGAGUGAAAAUUGAUGAACUAAGGCAUAUAUCUGUGAACAUGCACGGCCAGUGAUGGACAACACGCUGUGGCGGAGUGCUGGAAGGUCAUCAGGUUGUCUGUGAGUAGACGGGGCGAGCAGUCAACAUGCUGACCAAUCGCAACAGGCCGAGGUGAGCCGGUACCUGCUGUGGAUCUACCCCUCUCUUUUAAGCAUCUGUCUGAGGAUGGACUGUAAAUCUUUUUCCGCCUUUCCACUUGGUUUUAAAGUUCUUUUUUAUUUAUUUGUUCCUUAUUUUAAGUAAAAGCUGCCCUUCAGUAUAUUCAUUUUCCAGCUCUGAGGGUGAGUGGGGAGGAGGAGGGGUUGGGGUGGCGGAAUAUUUCCUGAACUUUUGUAAACGAUUAUUUUCUGAAUCUGUGUUAGAAGCAAUUGGGAGCUCCUUUCCCCCCCCCCCCUGGGAUUGUCCCUGCAGCCCCCCCUCCCUUUCACCAGUGGUCCACAUGGCAGCUGGACAUAUUUGCAUAGAAGUUCUUACAUGCAAAUAAGAUGAUACUGUGGCGUCAAUCAGAGAUCUAUUUCCCCCUCCACACACACACAUCUAUCCCUGUGUCCACGAAUGAAUGAGGACUUAAUAGCUACUUUCUUGACGUCCAAUAUUAUAUUUUUAAAAGGAAGCUGCUGAUUGCUUAGAUGUUGUGAUUGUGAACUUUCAAAGCCAAGUAUCUUUAAAUUCAUCCCCCCAAAAAAAUCUAAACAUCUAGUAUUUUGGCACUUCUGAUAGACAGCCAGUGUUGUAAAAUCAUUUAUACACCAAGUCAUUAAAAAAAUACCACGUCAGCCCGAGUGUAACCUUGAAGGACAGCAUGGUGUGAGGGUGACUUCACAUGUGUUAUACGGGGGGGAAAAACAUGGUUAUGGCGUAAUGUGUCAGGAGUGAGAUUUCUAACUGUAACAUUACAGUUCAGUACAGUUUUCUCCACCAAGAGAUAGAGAGGGAGGAAGCUGUACAACAUCGUUUCCUCCGCUGAGAGCGUAUCGCUGUGUCUUAUCUCCCAAUUCCCACCAUUAACACCCGUCACAUAGAUACUCAUAUCAGGCUCUGACACACCCAACUGCCCCCACCACCACUUCCCCGCACCCCCAACACUCACAUGCAGACACACACGUUGACAUUUCAUGACCGCAGAGGUCAUGUGCACAUGGACUGCAAGUUUAAAUAAUAUGUCACAAACAAAAAAAGGAAACACUGAUGACGUCAGUGUCAGAAAUACAACAUGCAGUCACAUAUCUGUUCAGAUCAACACCAGACACACAUCAUACAGAAAUAAUGAUGAGGGAAAGGAUGUCCUGGGCGUGUGAGGCUUGAAAUCAAAAAAAGCAAAAAACUAUUUGGUGUCAAUCACUGAGGUAAUGGUAAAUGAAAAGGUGGCCUAUAGUACUGUAUGACAUUGCCAUAAAGGGAGAAGCCACCAAGAUAAAGAAACUCUGUUGUACAUUGAGAAAACCAUUAAACCUUUAACCUGAACACACUCCCUGACUUUGUUAUUGUACCCAGCUGAACCAGUCAGAGCUUUAGUCAGCUAUUCAAGGACACUCAUUGUCAUCGAGGGCAGAAUUGAUUUUUAAUGAAUCAUUUUUACAUUAAAUAUUUUCAGCAACAUGCAGUCUUCAGGCUUAAAUAACAAUGUUCUCUAUCUUUACUUUGCCAGAGAGAUGCAUGCUGGGUAAAUUAGGUCACCCAAAUCAUGCACAAACAUAGUCUUUCACUUAACCCCAGUGGUAUCUAGCCAUGAAAAUAGAGUUGUUCCCCCAACCCCCCCAGUUUUUGAGAUAUCUGCCUCUGAGAUUUCUGCCUCCACCGUAGCGGAAUGAACCUUAAAGGUGUGGUAAACAAUUCUAAUCCAAUACACGUCUUUUUGUCAUAUUCAGCUGGCCGAUCUGGUUUUUGUACUCAGCACUGGCUCUGUAAAUGGGAAACAAACAAAGUGGGCUGCACCCCGCCAUAGAACGCUAUUCCAGCAGUUCUAGCCAUGAUUUGUGUGUCAGUAACGUUAAAUGCACAAAAAUAUUCAGCUUACUUUCUACUUCACCAAGCCAUGCUAUAGCUUUGGAUUGACUUGACUUUGGAUUUUGACUGGCAAACGUGAAUUUCCAAUUUGCUCAUAAAAAGUAGUGGAUGAACAAUGUGGAACAAUAUAUAUAUCUAAAAUAAACUGUAUAUAUAUAUAUACGUUUUUACUCUUGGCUGAGAUGGAAAAAUUGACAUAUCGAUAAAAGCGCAAAAGUGCAAUGGAAACAGUCGUACCCAUAUAAUGUAUAACACCAUAAUUCCAUCACUUUUGCCGCAUUGUUUUGCACACUUUGCAUCUCAACUGUAUUAAGAGUCAAAAGCAGUGAGCUAGAUGAAAACUCUGGCAUUUUUAGGAUAUUAUUGGAUACUAUAACAAAAUCAGAGACCAUUUCUUUAUCUUCAAAUUGGUCCCUCCAACCAUGACUGACUUGAAUAAUUGAUUUACAUAAUUAACAUGAAUAAAGUUAGGUAAAAUCCUUGCUGUCGGCUAAAUAAACUCAAUCCACAAUUCUCAUUUCAAACCCGUUUCUCCCCUCAUUUCUAUUCUAAUUUAAAUGCUGGUUAUUUUUAAGAUAAGGGAGCUAAAUGUGUGAAUGUGUCCCUCAGAGUUUUAUCAAGAAUGAUACGGUUACUUUGAGUCCAUCACUGAGUAUUUCUGACCUGAUAUGGGAAUGGUUUCAUCCUGCCAUGAUAAAGAACCAUUUUUAUUUCGCUACAUCGUCUCUAUGCAUUUCUAAUCAAAUUAUAUUCAUCUUUUAUGUAAUUUAAGCUGGUAAGUGAAGAAAGUGAAAGGUAAUCUUUUUUUCCCCAUGAUGUUUGUUUCCUUAAUUGUGACUGGAUUCUCCUUUUCAUUCCUGCAAAGCAAAGAGUGUCAAAAAUGGAAAUGUGUGCUUUUUGUAAUGCGUAGCGGUGGCUUAUGUUGCAUCGGGAGCAUCCUGUCCGUGCGGUACACCCCAUCACGCUCAACCCUCGUUCUGGAUGUGUUUCAGCUCUGUCUACUGUAUCUCAUAAACGUGUUGAAAUUCUGUUUCUUAAAAGUGAGCUCAGACAUGCACAUACACAAACGUAUUCUCACUGUGUAUAAUGCUUUGGUGUAAGACUAACCCUGUUUCAUGAGAUUAAAAGUUCACUGUUGCGUCAAUGAUUUUCUGUCACCUGAGUCGGUCAGUCUCAUGCUCUUUUUUGCUCCACGCAUGGCCUUUGGCUUCAUAUCACUAUUCUUGUGCCUUGUUUAACUACUGUAAAUGGUGAAUGUUGUAAAGUACAGAUGGGGAUGAAAAAAAAGAACAAUUAAUCAUACUGACAUACAUUUAAAGGUAUUAGUUGAAAAAGUAUUUAAGAUUAUAAUAUUGAAUAGGCUGCAGAGCUUUUCUAGUGCUGAACAUCUAUGUUUGGUAAUGCCAGGGCAGCUUUGUGGUAUAUUGUAACUAUAAUUAUGGACAUUUUGGAUGUUUUCUGUACAGUAGAAUUUGCAAAUGUAUAUGCAGCCUUUUGGAAAUAAAUGUACAGUUUAAAGAUCUCAA